GAGGUUAAGUGUUAAGUGCUGUCAGUAAACAAACGAGCUGGUUGUGUCGGAAAUUUUUUUCCUAGAUUCUUAAAUAUCUGUAUCCUUGUGAAUUGUCAUGUUUCUUUCAAUUUGUCUAACCGAUUGUAAAUCUUUUUUUUUUACUUCAACCUCCUCUCUCAUAUAAUGUCCUCUCAGCGCAUGAAACCAAAGCUUCCAAUCACUCCAAAAUCAGUGAAGAUGAAUAACAACCGGCCAGUCCACAACAAUCAGAAUUCUAGCAGGAAUGUUAGCUCAAGUAGAAAACCGAGACUAAAUAUAACAAGCAGUCAGACACCUCCCAAGCGACAGAAAAUCACAAAUGUUGCUGACAGCUUCAACAAUACAGUCUCACCGCCCAGUAUGCCGUCUACUCAAAACUGGGGCUUAGAUGAUGAUGAGGAUGAUCUUCUUCUCGCAUCAGUAAAUUUGGAACCAGAGCAACCAACCACAAGCUUCAAAGAGAAUGAAGGACCUUCCAAGCUGACGCGCUCUGUUCAGCCAACAUCUAAUUAUGUCUCUCGUCCUCCAAUUCAGUCCAUCAGCAGAAACAUUCCCGCUAGUAAUACAAGGACUUUCUUUAAACCUCAGCCAUCUGCUCCCAGUAAUAGUUCUCGCGCAAUGGUUGGUCAAGCUGGGGCUUCCUCAGAAGCCACCAAAAGCAUGGAGUUGUUAGUUCAGCAGUUGAAAUCUGAGCUGACUGUUCGGGAUGGAGAGACAAAAAAUUUAAGACUAGAAUUGCAGAAGAAGGAAAAACUAAUGUUUGAAAUGAAAAAUAAGCUAGAGGAGGAAAAACAAGCUGCCUUACUGGAGGUAGAGAAAAAAUACAGCAAGAUAAAAAAAGAGUUGGAACAGAAAAAUACUGAACUACAAUUCCAGUCAAGGAACAUUGUUGACUCAGAAGAAAAAAUGAAAGCAAUGCGAUCACUUAUGAGAACUUCACCUCCAAAUAAGCAAGCUCAGAAUCUGAAUAGCAGCCGUGCCUUAUUUAAUGAUGAUCUCCACAAACUGGAAGCUCAAAUUAAAGACAUCAGUCCAAAAAAAAAGGAGCCACAAAUUGAACUCUAUGAACCAUUGAAUAUACAAAUUCAUGCGGGAAAACUUCUGUAUGAAAGGUUGCAUCCACGACUAUUUGAUCCUCCAGCCCAAGAAAAUGAAACGCUAGUUGAAAAAGCAGAAACAACCAAAAGCGUCAAUGUUUCAACAGUUAAGAGUGUCCUUCUUACGCAGACAGUGGCAAAACUAGAAAACAAUGAAGGUAAAUAUAAGAAUCAGCAGAAAGCUGACUCAUCGAACAAAAGCCCGCAAUUGAUGUCCUUUUCGCCAAUGCCUUUUAUUCCUUUCUACACAAUGGAGUCGUUAAAUACUGAAAGUGCUUCUGAACCUGUCAGGAAGAUUUUUCUGAAAUGUUGGAAACAGUUAGAGAAAUUCCUUAUCAUGCUAGAGCAUGCAGCUAAAUUUGAUGAGUCCUACGAAAAGAGAGUUGGAAAACUGGCCAUCAGCUGUUUUAGCGUCGCUGUCAGCAGAGAUGAGGACUGUUUAUUUCUGUUAAGUUCUGAGCAAUGGUAUCCAGACGAGAGAGGGAUUGAAAUUCGGCGUUCAAUUACUGUUUUGUCGGAGCUAGCUGACAUAUCAGUUCAUGCAGUCAAUUUGCUUCUUCAGACUAAUUUCACUGAAAAUGAAUGUGAUCCUUCAAACCCCUUUCGCCGCUCCUCAAAUAAAAGUGAUGACAAAUUGAUUUCGGAGUGCACUGCAGGUAAGAAACGGAAACCAAGCACCAGUCUCAGCCCAGAAAGAAGUAAGUUUCCAAAAGUCAACCAUAUGGAGCCUUCAACUUCUCGAAUGGAAAUAGACCCACCGAAAUCUGUAAGCCCAUCAUCUAAGAAAGGCGGAAGCUUUGAAACAGUUCCUACUCAAACUUUAAGAGAGGAGGGGAGAAAAAUCAUGGGCCCCCUGGAAAAGUUGGAUUUUUUGCAAGUGAUUCUAGAUAUUGUCAGUGAGAUUUGUAAUCAGUUCCGUACUUUGUCAUUUAAUGGUGUCCUAGCAGCCGUCAUUUGUUUACUUAAAACUUUAGCAAAACUAGACUGUGAUAUACCUAUUGAAAGGUUGAAUGUGAUAAAUAAUAUAGUUAAACAAGUUGUGUUUUGUUGCCCUGGACCAGCCGUUAUUCAUGAUAUCAUUUCUCUUAUGGUUCCUCUCGCCAAGUACCUCACUUGCACCAACAGCCUUUGUAAUAACUCGAGUUCAAUUACGCCACCUGAAAGAGAGACGCCAGAAAGUCAAAGACCGUUUAGUAAUUCUAAUGAUUUUGACCCCCCGGUACAUGUACAAGAAUCUUUUAUUGAAGCUUCCAGGCACUAUACAUUUACCACCGAUACUUGUGUACUUCAAGUCUUAUGCACAGAAUGUGAAAUGAUAGACAAAACUCCAAAAUUUGCCGAGGACUUCACCAAAUGGGCGUUGAAAGUAACCGUCGAUACAUCUGACUGCCCCAAUUGGCUUGCUGGUGACUGUAGAAUGGUGACAUGUGAUUGUUUUCCUAGGUUCAUCCAAUUGUUUCUGAAUGUACUUCAUUACGCUGUCCUAACUUAUGCAGAUGAGGAGCGUCCCAUUUGUCAGCUCAGCAGAAACCAACUGGAAUCCGUGAUGAAACGAGGCAUCAUUAUUCUCAAUCGGAUAAUUUUGCAACGAAAUGACUUUUUGACUCAGGUCGGCAGUUGGGAUGGGCUCUACGAAGCUAUCAUCCACCAUUUAUUGCGAAUUUCCAAGACAAUGCAGUUUGAACCACCUAUCUAUGAUAUGCUGACUGAUUUAAGCUAUAUGCAAGUAGAACAUUUAGAAAAUUCGUCACUAAGCCAGCCGAGGGAGCAAGCUGUGAAGGAUAUUCUUCUGAUGUCUCGUGAAAAAUCUAGGGAAGGAUUUUGUCCGCCUCAGUCAAAGGUUACCAAUUUACAACUGGAGCGGAAUAGUGGCUCAAAAAAACAGAAGAAGAGAUACAGCCGGAAAUAGCACUUGGCCUUCAUAUCAUAAAUUAGAUUAAAAGUACAAUACUUUCCCUCCAUAACAAACCAGCAAUGAUCCAAAUGAUUUUUCGUUCUGUAAAAAGCCGCUUUUAUAUUUCUUCUAAAACCCCUGUUGUCAUCCUUUCACUGGGCGUCUUCUUUGUUUCCUCCUGGGAGGAGACGAAGGGACACUUACAAUUUUUUGUUAUGAAGGACAUUUUCCCAUAAUGAGCUGCGCUGUGAUUGACUUGUGACGUUCAAGAGACCUGAUGAUUCCGUUGUCAUCAAGACAUUUUUAAUAUGAAGGACGUCAUUAUAGUGAGAGAGUAUUGAAAAAAAUUUGAAGUUUUUCCUGUCACUUUUGAAAAGGGCGAAUGGAAUGGAGUAUUCAUGAUCGUUUCAUAUUGAAAAGUAAUACGCUUAAACAUUGUAAAUUUAAUUAUUAAUAUUUAUUUUAUGGUAUGUUUUUCCACAAUAAGGACAAGAUUCCUUCCUAACCUACCAGGCAAAAGGAGGUUGCGAAAACAUUGUCACAAAGUUACUGUCAGAAUGAAAUUAACGUUAAUGCAACAUUUUAGUAAGGUUAUUUUUUGGCCACUGCUGGGUAGGCAAGAGCUUCCAUUGUAUUCUAAUGAAAGAUGAUCAUUAUUAAUAUCUUUCAAGUGCCCAACUAAAAAUUAAAUUUAAUUUAAAAAUCAAUUAAUUUAAUUUUUGGUGUCAGUUUCUCUUUUUCAACGUCCUUGUGCAAGGAUAAUUUCUUCAAUCAAUAUAUUAUAGAAUUUUUUACCAUAUUGGGGAACCCUCACUUAGAAUGUUUUCCAUGAAUUGAAUCCAAUGCUAUUGAAAUUGAAUUUGAAAUUUUAAAAACACGUUUGUAUUUUAUGUAAGAAAUAUUUUAACCUCAACUUCUGAGCCUCUGAACUAAAUUUUCUCUGAACCUUGAAAGUUUAAAUUCCUGGAUCAAGUAACCUACAGCUUUCAGAAGUAUUUUCUGGCAAAGAGCCUUUGAAUCAUGAGUUCUUGAAGAACAAAACACGUAAAAGGUUUGUAAUGAAAUCCUUCAAAUAUAUUCUCAGAAGAUACAAAGUCCAUGUAGAUAUAGAUGUUGGAAGCAGGAAUCGAAUAGUUUUGAAAGGGGAAAAGGUUUUCAUACAAAUAAAAUCCCCUGAUAUAAUCUUCUCAGGGACACUUUUGUUCAUUUUUAGACCUGUUAUUAAAACCAUUAAUUUAUUUCCACCUUGUAUUAUACAAUAAUACAUUCAUCGUGUCCUUUAUGUAUUUAUUUAUCAUAAUUUGUCAGAAAUCUGUAAUUAAUCUGUAAAUUAAUUGAACAUGUGACAUUUUUCAAUAGAUUUUAAUGAUUCAACAAUGGUACAAAGCUUAAUUUUUCUUCAAAGUUCAUUCCACCUGUAUUAUUUUUUUACUCAUGUCUCAAUGAACGUGCCACAGAAUAUCUACCUUUUAUCCAUAGAUAUUAAUCCAGUACUUUUAAGGACUUUAAGGAAUGACCGUAUUUUUCAAGAAUUGAUUUUCAGUAUUGGUUCCUCAAAAUUGCUCUUAAACUUCGCAAUGUUGUUUAGUUUAUUUCCAUUUUGUUUCCUCUUGAUGUUUCUAUUUCCUCAAUCCUCCUCUGUUCAUUUUAACUUACCUUUUUCACCCCCUUUCCUCGCUUUAUCUCUAUCAAUCUGUCAGUGUAUUGUUUUAAGCCAAUUUUUACCAUCAGUUUCUAUUUUCGUUUCCUCCAGUCUUACUUUAAUUUUUUUUUUUACCAUGUGUUACGUUUCUCAUUAAGUUUGGUUUACUUGAAGGAUACUCAUUCAAUGUGAGAAGAGUUAUUCUAUUUAUACUUUAUUUCUGAACCAUAAUCUGCAAUGUGAUUUAUGUGAUGCUGGGAAAUGAGGCAUUGAAAAAAUUGCCAAGCAGUUUGUCAAAUUGAUGCAGGUUAAAUUGUAAGAUACUAUGCACAUUUACUCCAGAAGCAUACAAUUUCAAAACAGAAGGAAAAAAAAACUCAACAGAAAUUUCCAGCAUCACAAAAUUAUCAAGAAGACCAUGUAAACUGUUCCUUACAAAAUAAUGUGCGCUAUUCUCUGUUUCAACCUUGCCAUAAUCAUGUCAGCGGGUGAUACUACCUUUGUUUCCCUAUCUUGUUGAUUAUUUAUAUCUAAAUGUAUUCCACCUGUGAUUUAAUUUAAUUUAAUACAUUUAUUUAACUUAAAA